AUGAAUACGGCGGAACCGAUGCAAGUGGAACUUCCACUCGAAGAUAAUGAGAACAAUGAGACCGAUUGUUAUGUAGUUGAGAAUCCAACUCUGGAUCUAGAGACAUAUGCUGCAUCUUACACUGGCUUUGCUAAACUAUACAGAUUAAUGUUUGUAGCAGAUCAUUGCCCUUCCCUAAGACUGGAAGCUCUAAAAAUGGCAAUAUCUUAUGUUAUGACUACAUACAACGAUGUGGAUCAGAGAAGUACAACUUUUGAAAAAAGUCUUGCCAUGGGUAAAGAAUAUCAACGGAGGACAUCCAUGUUAAUUCUGCGAGCUGCCAUGCUCAAAAACCAAAUUCAUGUCAAGAAUAUUGCUCGUGAAACUGGUCCACAAAGUGGGGAAGCACCCGGCUCAAGUACCAGCCUUACUCCUCGUAGCUACGACCCUGUGCCCAUG